AUGGACGCGCCUCUUCCUGACUACUACCGAACGCUAGGUGUCACCCCGACCGCGUCGGCCGCCGAGACUAAGGAAUCCUACAAGCGGCGCUCGCUCAAGACGCAUCCGGAUCGUUUCCCCAACGCCACCCCUGCCGAGCGUCAACGCUACACGCAAAAGUUCCAGACGCUCGCCGACGCCUACUACGUGCUCUCGGACACGGAUCGACGACGCGAGUACGACCAGCUGCGCAACUCGCGCCCUUCGACCGACUCUUUCUUCUCCGGCGGUGGUGACGCAUCGUACGACGAGGACGACGAGGAAGCGACCGAAUUCAGCGAAAAGGAGCAGAAGUACUCGGCAAACUUUUUCGAGAGCUUUUUCCCUGGUGCCUUCAAGCAGGAGGAAGAGCAGGACGACUCGAACGGCACCCAGACCAACGAGGACCGCCGUCGCAGAGCCGGAAGCAGUCAGCCACAGGCAGACGGCAUCUUUGCCAACGUCUUUGAGGAGCUGCUCCGACCUGAAGUGCACCGCGUCGCUCCGUUCUGGAAGUGGGUAGGCGGCGCAUCGGGCACUGCACUAGGCUUCAUCGUAGGCAACAUUCCGGGUGCGCUUGCCGGUGCGUUUGCAGGAAGCCAACUCGGAAGGAUCCGAGACGCAAAGGGCAAGAGCGUCGCCGAGGUGUUUAUGUCCUUGGGCUCCGCACAGAGGGCCGAGGUGUUAACCAAUCUGCUCCAGCGCGUGCUCAACCAGCAGACUCGAUCUGGUUCGGGAGCUGUUCCGCAAUGA